CAUAUUGUCCAUCCUCUCUCAGAAAAUGCUAAAAUACACUACGUUUCAACUUUACCACUACUAAGUGCACUCACCACUGUCCUUAAUCUAAAAGUGGCGAAAACGUAUGAACAGGAACACACUGAUGAUCAACUUAUUUAAAAAGAAACGCAUUUUGAUAUGCUUCAUUUUUAUCGGAAUAUUUAAAAUGCUAUUGGAGCAAAUUCAAUUUACAGAACUCACAAAAGGCUACAUAGACACGAAGGUAAUUCCUGUAUACCAAAGCUUUAUUGGCUCUAGGAAAUCUACGCCACUGUUCAUACUUUUUACUACAUGGACUGCAACAAAAGAAAAAUAUUUGUGCCAUAAUAAUACAGUUAAGAACUGGAAAUCUUUGUCACCGUUUGGCACGCCCGUUUUGUUUUCGAAUGAGGAGUUUGUAAGGGAGGAAGCUGAAUCAAGAGGAUGGCGAGUUAUGCCUAUAAGAAAAUCUUCCAUCGGCUUGCCGAUCCUAAAAUAUAUGUACAUGGACAUUCAAAAAUCUUUCUCAUCUUCAUUUAUUGCUUAUUCAAAUUCAGAUAUUCUUUUCACAGAUUCAAUAGUUAAAACUUUAAUUGUCGUUUUGCAAAGUAAUUUAUCAGAAACUAAUGAAUUAUUACUAACCGGAAGAAGAAUAAAUGUAGUCAAUGUGACAGAGAUUGAAGCAUCGUCUUCUAAAAAUAUUCUAAAAGCCUCUGAGAGAGGAGAACUAUAUGCUGGUGAUGCACUCGACUAUUUCAUAACAACAAGUGGUUAUCCGUGGAAAGAUGCACCGGAUUUAGUAGUCGGAAGACCUGGGUUUGACAACUGGAUUGUUGCAAAUGCAAGAUUGAUGAAUUUUUCCGUUAUAGAUACGACUGAAACAAUUAUUGCUGUUCAUCAAACGACGGAAGCCGGAAAUAAAGAAGCCCACCAACAACACAAUGUAUCAUACAAUAUAGAGUUACAGGAAAAGUUUAACGAACGACUUAGAUAUAAUUUAGGUGUAACAAGUUGUAUGAAAUACAAAACUGUCCAUUCUAAAAACGGUUCUGUAAAACUUAUGGAACAGUCUAUCAAUCCAAGCUGCUUUCCGAUUUUAUUGACCGACUCAAUGAUAGAAAUGGCCAAGAAAAUCAACAGAUUAAGAAGAGAAAAACUAGAAAAGAAUAGAAAUAAGACCAACAAUUAUUAGGUAAAAA